CAGUCCAAUAUCCACUUCUAAAAAUAAAAUUAUUUUAGGUCUGAUGACUGUAUAGAAAAUGUAGCCUAUGAUAGAUACUGCUGUCUACCUAUUUGAUAACAUCAUCACAAACAGCCAACUGUAUUGGUCAAAUAGGCUACAAGCCUGCAACAGACGCUGUCGAAUACCUGUUGCUUACAAGCUACUAGCAAUCAGGUUGGUCUUCGGAAGAAGUUGUGCGCUCUGCAGCCCACAGAAGCUUUGGUGAUCAUUUUCACAAAGUACCGUUAUGAACGUUGUGAUGGGAAACGUAUCAAAUCUAUGAUGUAAAACAGUAGAAGAAGAAUAUAUUUGAGGGAGUUCGAAAGGUAUUUAUUUCACUUUGCUCCUCUUAAGUGGAGCGGGAAACUACGGUGGAGAUCGUUGAUUCGCACACUUCGCUUUCUCCAAGUGUGGUAAAGUUGACAGUCACAGACAGAUUCACUGUGACAGUCUCCGCUGAUAUUGUAGGAAUUGAAAUUUGGACACCUGCUCCUCUCGACGAAUAGGCACCUCUUGCCCUUUCUCCAGUUCUGUGAUGGAAGGCAGUGGCAGUGGAUUGACUGUAGAGCUGGCCUCCCCUGGGCCUUGUGUGGCUGGCAUGGAGGGGAACACCAGUGGGCAGGUGUUUGAGGUGGCGCUGCAGAACAGCUCCUCGUCCAAACGUAGCCCUCAGUUUGUGGGGGUGGAGCUGCUGAAGUCCUUCAAGCUGCUCAUCAUCCCCUGCUACAUCCUGGUGGUGCUGAUCGGGGUGUUCGGCAACUACCUUCUGCUCUACGUCAUCUGCCACACCCGUAAGAUGCACAACAUCACUAACUUCUUCAUUGGAAACCUGGCCUUCUCCGACAUGCUGAUGUGUGCCACCUGUGUCCCCUUCACCUUGGCCUAUGCCUUCAACCCUCGCGGCUGGGUUUUUGGGAGGUUCAUGUGCUACCUGGUUUACCUCAUCCAACCAGUGACCGUCUACGUGUCUGUCUUCACUCUCACUGCUAUUGGUGUUGACAGGUACUAUGCCACAGUUCACCCUCUGAAGAAGCGGAUCUCAGUGUUGGGGUGUACCUACCUCCUAUCUGGGAUCUGGCUGCUCUCCUGUGGGCUUGUGGCCCCGGCCGUGGCCCACACCUACCAUGUGGAGUUCAAGAAUGAUGGCUUUACCAUCUGUGAGGAGUUCUGGAUGGGCAAGAAGAGAGAGAGGUUGGCCUACGCAUACAGCACACUUUUCAUGACCUAUGUCCUGCCUCUGUCUGCCCUCUGCAUCUCUUACCUCUGCAUCUCUGUCAAGCUCCGUAACUGUGUGGUGCCUGGCCACCGCACCCAGAGCCAGGCCGAGGCCCAGCGAACCCGCAAGCGCAAGACCUUCCGUCUGAUCACCCUGGUGGUGGCGGCUUUCGGCGUGUGCUGGAUGCCCAUCAGUGUGUUCAACGUGCUACGGGACAUUGACAUUGACCUGAUCGACAAGCGCUACUUCCUGCUCAUCCAGCUGCUGUGCCACUUGUGUGCCAUGAGCUCAUCCUGUUGUAACCCUUUCCUGUAUGCCUGGCUGCAUAACCGCUUUCGUGCCGAGCUGCGCAAGAUGUUCACCUGCCACCGCCGCAUCGGCAUCCCUGCCAACCACUGUGCCACAAACAGCGUGAACCCCUUCAUCCCACCCUCCCACCCACCCGCACAGGAUUUGUUCAGAGAAUGGUCUUGAAACCAGCUGAAAUAUUUUUGGUCAGGGUUUUUGUACUGUAAGAUAAGAUGGUAAAAUGAUUACUUUUGUUUUUCAAAUAGUUGAUUCUUCUGACCCCACUCCCACUGUUUCUCAUGCCCAAUUAAUACAUAUUUUGUGAAAAGUAAUGUACAUUUCUGCACAAGAUUAUUAAGUGGUUGCACAAGUGCAAUAAACUGUGCCACAAACAAGAGUGCUGCAAAAAAAGUAUACUGCAUUUGAAGUGUUCUUAGACAUGUUGAAACAUCAGGAGUUGAUUGAUCAUGAUGGACAUCUUCGGUGUACAUUAUGCUGUUUAUAUAAGCAUUAUCUUUAUUGUACAGUGUAUUCCCAUAUGAUGCAUACAAAGUGAUGGUUUAAUAAUAGAUGCUUUGGGUUUGGUUUUUGCUUGAUUUCAAAAGUCUCUACAACCUCAAGGUUGUGACUGACAGGUGAUGCACAUUACCAGAUGGGAACGCAGCUUCCAACCUCACAGAAGAGGGUCCUGGCUUGGUGACAAAGAUGAUAGCUUCAGUCUCUCAACAACUAACAAAAAUUAAACACAUUUGGUCAUGUCAAAAAAGAUUGAAAUUGGUUCCAUUUAACCUGUUUUCCAUUUUUGGCAAGUUGCACGUUAAAACACAGUUUUACUUUCUGUGACAGAAAUGGUUGCAUCAUGCAUGUUACAUCUUUGUAAACGUAAUGAAGUAUACUGAACAAAAACAAACGCAACAUUCAACAAUUUCCAAUAUUUUACUGUGUGAACUUUUUUGUGAACUUUACAGUUCACAUAAGGAAAUCAGUCAAUUGAAAUAAAUGCAUUAGGCCCUAAUCUAGGGCUUUCACAUGACUGGGAAUAAAGAUAUGCAUCUGUUUCCUUUAAAAAAAGUAGGGGUGUGGAUCAGAAAACUAGUCCGUAUCUGGUGUGACCACCAUUUGCCUCAUGCAGUCCGACACAUCUCCUUCACAUAGAGUUGAUCAGGCUAUUGAUUGUGUCCUGUUAAAUGUUGUCCCACUCCUUUUCAAUAAAUGUGCGAAGUUGCUAGAUAUUGGCGGGUACUAGAACACUGUCGUACACGUUGAUCCAGAGCAUGCCAAACAUGCUCAACGGGUGACAUGUCUGGUGAGUAUGCAGGCCAUGGAAGAGCUGGGACAUUUUCAGCUUCCAGGAAUUAUAUACAGAUCGGGGGCUCCCGAGUGGCGUAGCGGCCUAAGUGCAUGUCAGUGCAAGAGGCAUCACUACAGUACCUGGUUCAAAUCCAGGCUGUAUCACAUCUGGCCAUGAUUGAGAGUCCCAUAGGGUGGAGCACAAUUGGCCCAGCGUCGUCCAGGUUUGGCAGGGGUAGGCCGUCAUUGUAAAUAAGAAUCUAUUCUUAACUGACUUGUCUAGUUAAAUACAGGUUAUACAGAAAAAUACAUAUUGUUGCAAAAUGGGGCAGUGCACGCUCCCUUAAAACUUGUGGCAUUGUGUUCUGUGACAAAACUGCACAUUUUAGAGUGGGCUUUUAUUGUCCCGAGCACAAGGUGCACCUGUGUAAUGAUAAUGCAGUUGUGAUUUUAGCAUGUACAUCUUGGUGGGGCAAAGUCACUUUUUUUAUUUUUAUGCAUGCCAGCAAAGCCACUACACAACACAAACACUUUCACGGUGACAAACGAUGCUCACAAAAUGUAAGGGCUUACAUAAAGCUGUCCCAACAGAAGAGCUUUCUUUUCAACACCGUGGAGUGAAUCCUUACCACUGGGACAUCUGGCUCUCAGCGGAGCCUUGUCUAGCAGCGAAACAGUUCAUUCAGCCUCAUUUACUGCCUUUAAAAAAAACAUAGCUGAUAUGGCUGCUAGACAAGCUUGGGCCAGUGACUGAUGGAUCUCCAUGUUUUUUACCUUGUGGGAAAUCUGUUGAUGUGCCAUUAAGCAGGGUGUUGACCCUGGUUGCU